AUGUUAUCCACAGUGGCCAAGGUGGCCGUGGCAGGAUGUGCCGUCUACAGGAUCUACAAAAAGGCAGAAAGCACAAUGAAGAGCGACGAAGAAUACCUUAUGAAAAUAACAGGCUAUGCCAGGGAGCUGGCAGAAAGAAUGAUAUGCGAGGCAAAAAGACACUUCAAAGACAAGGAGUACGAGCUGUCUGCAGAAUACCUUUACUAUGCCUAUAAGCAUCUGGACUCUUCAUGGGAGUAUGUCACUUCCCAGAUCGAUUCCCAAGAAGUAUACAAGCUUUUACACUCUAAGAGGAUCCAAGGUACAUGA